GAAAACAAAAAUUCCAACAAACUAACAUCAUGGAGAAGAAGAAGCUCAAACAUCUUUCCACCAUUGCUAACACCCUUCUUCAACGAUCUGCUCAGAGAUUGGAGAUGUCUGUGAGUGAGUUAGUGGAUGAGUUUGAGGUCAAAUGGAAGGCGGAAUCGGGAAUGUACUCGAGGGGAUUGGUGGAGUAUUGUGCCGCAAAGGUGCUCAAUGAAAUGUCUACGAACCUCGAAGAAGCGAUUACUGAAGGGGAUUUUAGUCGGUAUACGUUCGAUAUGAUGCUUGCUUGGGAAAGGCCUAGCUCUUCUGAUGAAGAAUCUCAUACGGAGUAUGCGGCCAAGGAGAAAGAAGACAAUGAAAUACAUGCAACUACCAAAUCGACUAACGAGCACGAUGACAUUUCUCUGUUUUAUUCGGACAUCAUGCCACUCCUUGUUGAUAAUGAGCCGAGUGUUGGAGAUGAUGCAUUUGUGUGGUUGGGAUCAUUAGUUCCUUUAGUAGCCGAUUUCGUGAAUGGGAAAUUCACUUUUGAGACCCUAACUAGCUCUACUAUGAACCGCCUCCAUUUCCCUGCCUAUGACCGGUUCCUUAAAGAAAUUGACAAAUGCAUAAAACAUUUGCAAAAUCUAGCACCACCUAAGAACGUUAUCAUGGCUGAUGAUGAGUUCAUUCUGCAUGUUGAGGGAACCGCAAGUUCACAGAGAGUUGUCCGCCAUAUCGGAGGACAAAGCUGGCCUGGAAGGCUCACAUUAACGAACUAUGCUCUCUACUUCGAGGCCUUGGGUAUUGUUUCUUAUGAAGAUGCAAUUAAGCUUGACCUUUCAAAGGACAUUGAGCAGUCUAUAAAAUCAGCCGCCACGGGCCCUUUGGGUGCUCCUCUUUUUGACAAGGCAAUAAUAUACGAGUCAUCUGAACUGCAAGAGGAUGUCCAAAUCGAGUUCCCGGAGAUGACUAGCUCCACAAGACGUGACCAUUGGCUCGCUCUCGUGAAGGAAGUUAUGUUACUGCACAAGUUUUUAAAAAAAUUCAACAUCGAAUCUCCUCUACAAGCAUGGGAGAUGCAUUCAAGGACCAUAUUAGGAAUAAUAAGGCUCCAUGCAGCCCGGGAAUUGCUUAGAAUUGCACCACCCGAUCCCAAAAGCUUCCUAAUUUUCGCCUUACUUGACGAACUGCCUACAGGUAGUAACGUGUUACAGGAGAUUGCUGAGAGUUUGAAAACAGUCGACAGUGGACACCCGUGCAGUGCUACUUCCAUACUCCGUAACUUAAACGUCUCCCAACUUGUUAGUGGGCACACAGAAAUGAAAGUAGGGAUUGAGCAUUCUGAAAUUGCAAAUAAUAAACCAGAAAAUCAAUCGUCAUUGGAAACAGCGGUUGAACAAGUUAGAGAGGAAGCAAAAGAGAUUAAUAUUGCAAAAUCUAAGGCUGAUGAUCUGAAAGAUGAAGGGAUUGGCAAUAGUGCUCUUGUAUUGAUGGAGUUGGUGAAGCCAUUAAAAAGUAUAUGGCCAUGGUUUCAAGAGGUUAUCCAGUGGGAAAGACCAGCAUCCACACUCACGGUGAUCAGCUUAAUUCUCCUAGUUGUAUACAAAGAGUGGGUUGGCAAGGCGAUGGCGGUGCUUUUAAUGUGGGUUGUUACAAUGAUGAUUUGGGCAAGACGACACGGAGUAGGUAAGAAAACCAAAUUUGUCGUGUGCACUGCUUCGGAUCAAACAACAAUGGAGAGCAUCGUUUCAGCGCAACAUGGACUCAACACUGUGUACAACAUCAUGCAGUUGGCAAACAUCGCGAUUCUGAAAAUAUGGUCAAUAUUAUUGUCCAAUGCCCCCAAGCACACGGAUAUGGCGAUUACAGCAAUGACCGGGGUCGCGAUUGUAUUGGCAGUUAUUCCUCUGAAGUACAUAAUUAUGGCGCUCGUGGUGUUGAUGUUUGCGGCAACAUCAAAGCUCGCGAAGCGCGUUAACAAGAACGACAUGGGGAACCGGAAAUUGCAGGGAUGGUGGGAUUCAAUUCCAGUUAUUCCUGUCGAGAUUGUAGACAAGGUUGAAGAUAUUCCGAAGGCUGAGAAAACAGACUAGUAACGGUAUUUAUUUAUUUCAUUCCAAAAAUUCCUAGUACUAGUACACUAUAUAAGAGAGUAUGGCUUUCUUUUGUAAAUAAUUGUCUGUCCAGUUGAAGUGUUAUAAAAUCAGAAAAAUGUUAGUUAAAUGUA